ACGGUACCCGUUAUUUCGCGUUGCACGCCGGCGCAGACCGAAGCGGGGCUACGGCGACGGCGGCGGCGGCGGCGGCGGUGCACCGAGCGACGGCGAGGGGUACAGAGAUGAAGACGGUCAGCCUCGGCGCCUCCAGGCCCUCCACCGUAAACUUCCGCAUGCCGACGAGGGACAACCUCGUGCCCAUACGCGUCGACGUCGAGGUGGACGGCCAGCGCUACAGGGACGCCUUCACCUGGAACCCGCGAGAUCCCGACUCGGAGAUCAUUAGCUUCGCCAAGCGGACGGCCAAGGACCUCAAGCUGCCGGCCAAUUUCGUUCCCCAGAUGCUCCAGUCCAUCCAGGGGCAACUGGCGGAGUUCCGCUCCUACGAGGGGCAGGAGAUGCAAAUCAAGGAGAAGAUUGUGCCUCUCAAGAUUGACCUCCGAGUGAACAACACUGUAAUUAGAGACCAGUUCUUAUGGGAUAUCGGCAACCUUGAUAGUGACCCUGAAGAAUUUGCAAGGACGCUGUGUGAUGAUUUGAACAUCACAGAUCCUGAAGUUGGGCCUGCAAUAGCAGUUUCCAUCCGUGAGCAGCUUUAUGAGAUUGCUAGUCAGAGUGUCUCUGUUAUGAGGGAGAAGCAAAUGUCAAAGAAGGGAAGGCGAGCACCAGAAUUUUCUUCUAAUAGUAAAGCUGUGAACAAUGCAGUGGAUUUGUUCAAGUAUUUUGGCAGCAAAGGAAGUGUCAUCCGGAAACGGAAAGAAUGGUACCUGUAUGAGCCUGUUGUCGACGUUGUAGCUAGUGAGGAAGAUGGAAAAGAGGAGGUUAAUAAUUCUAGUAGGCCAAAGAAAAGAGCAGAAGAAGAGAAAGUUGCCAGUCUUCAGUCCCUUUGAUUCAGACCCAGAACUGCAUUCCUGACGAGGAUUGUUGAACAAGUUGCUGAUUGUUCUAACCACGAAGGGUUUUCCUUCCAAUCCCAGUUUGUCGUGGGAUGAUCGAACAAAGAUGCCUGCCUGACAGUUGUCGUAGGAUAGCUAUGUAUAUGUAUGCCGUGAGUGUUUCUCCCUGAUGCUGUGUCGUGGUUAGUGCUGCCUGUCAUCUAGUCUGAGGACACCCGUCCAGAUGUUGUAUACUGCUUCGGUCUUCAGUAACAUAUUUGCAGUUUUAGUGAAAGGUUUCUUGGUCGCCAACUCAUGUUUGUGUAGGUUUGAGCGAAGAUCUUGAAACAUAGUUGUUUAAAUCCAAA